AUGAACGGAGUCGCUCUUCCCUUUGACUCUGUCUACGAGCCUCGAUCAACCCCCUACACAUGGCACACCUCCAUGGGUCCCACCACUCCUCCUACCAGUAUGGGAUCUCAAGACUACUCUUCAGCCUCCAGCACCAUGAGUCACGGAUCAGAGCCCAGCCUUACUCCUCCCACAGUUGCCCGGUCUCUGACCUCCAGCCCUCCCCGCUCCUUUUUCACCAUUGCCGAGCGGCAGAGACUUGGGCAUAAUAACGCGCGUUCCAGGAGGGACUUGCACCGUGAUGCCCGCCUGCACAGGGUCAGCAACCACCAAUCUUCAUAUCACCUGGACUCGUCGUCUUCCCCCAGCCUGUCGCCCAUCCCAGACGUCGGUGGUUCAUCCAUGGAAAUGCCCGCGACACCUUAUAUUACUGCCUCGUCAACAUCGGCCGUACCCAUGUCAUCACACAUGGACUCCUACAUGCCUUCUUACAUGCAGCCUCUCAAUGACCCGAGCCAGGCACAGAUGUUUGCAACUCCGUACACUCCACCUGUCCACCACGGAUAUGAGAUGCCCAUGGAUUACUCGCCUUCCAGCAACUAUCCUUCGGGAGAUUACAGUCACCGCUCCUCUCCUCUCCCCGUCAACCCCCACGAGAACUCAAUCAUGUACAUGCCGGCCAUUAUGACAGCAGGGACAAUUGGCAGCAACUGCACGAGCGGCCGUGCCAGCAACGUUAACAGCGGCAGCAGUGCCGGCAACAACAAUAUGCCUACAUCAAAGGGCGGUGUCGGCCAUGUGCGCGUGGUGCAGAGCCGCCCGAAGCCCCGAUGCUGGGAACAUGGGUGUAACGGCCGACAGUUCUCUACGUUCAGCAACCUUUUACGUCACCAGCGCGAAAAGUCUGGCCAGGCAGCCAAGGCGUCCUGCCCCAACUGCGGGGCCGAGUUCACGAGAACAACGGCACGAAAUGGUCAUAUUCUGCACGGCAAGUGCAGGCAGCGCCGAAGCUCGUGA